GGCCUGGGCCAGAGCCGGAAAGCUGCGGGGACGCGGUGGUUCCUGUCGUGGCCGCGGGCUGCGCGUCUUCUACCCCGCGUCUUCUCCGCGACCCCGCCGGCGUCAUGUGCGACCCCGGCGACGUCACCCGCGGCCCCGCCCCCAGCCUGGCGCUGGCCCCGCCCGCGCCGCUCCUGCGCGGCUUCCGCGUGAUCCUGGCCAGCGCGUCGCCGCGGCGGAGGGAGAUCUUCGGGCUCACGGGCGUGUCCUUCGAGGUCAUCCCACCUGCCUUCGAGGAGUCACUCAGCAAGGCCGCGCUGCCCCGGGCCCAGGACUACGCGCGCGAGACAGCGAGGGGCAAAGCGCUGGAGGUGGCGGCCCGGGUCUUCCAGGAUGACCCCGAGACCCCAUACGUCGUCAUCGGCGCUGACACUGUCGUGGCCGUGGACGGGCUGAUCCUGGAGAAGCCGGCUGACCAGGAGGACGCAGUACGGAUGCUACGCAGGCUGAGUGGAAAGGAGCAUGGCGUCAUCACAGGUGUUGCCAUUGUUGUCCGGCGCCAUGGUGCAGGCCCUACCCAGGAAGUGCUCGCCUUCCACGAGGAGACGCGAGUGACGUUCUCCCCGCUGUCAGACGACCUCGUGCGCGAGUACGUGGAGACCGGCGAGCCCAUGGACAAGGCCGGGGCAUAUGCGCUGCAGGCCCGGGGCGCAGUGCUGGCUGAGCGUGUGUGUGGUGACGUCCUCAACGUAGUCGGGUUCCCGCUCAACCGUGUGUGUCGCGAGCUUACGAGGCUGCUGCUGGGGCCGGGACAGGAAGUGACAUCGGCGGGGAUGGGAAGUGAUGUCAACAGAAGAAGUGAUAUCACUGCAGGCAGGGGUGAUGUUGGAGAUAGGACAUGACAUCGCCGGAGAAGAGAGUGAUCGCGUCGUGGACAGGAAGUGACAUCACUGGAUGGGAAGUGACAUCGUAAGUGCAGAGCAGGAAGCAUCGAUGACACAGGAAAUGCUGUCACAGGUGACCCCAGCCUGGGGUCAGGUCUCAGGAGCAGGCCUCAGGUGGACACGCCCCCUGCUGUGAUGUCACUUCUUAUUCCCGUUUCCCUGUUCCUUAUGGACAGGGUCAGGCCUGGGUACCCGGGAGGGGUCGGGGAUCAGGGGUCACAGCCUGUGUGACCUGCACGUGUCCCCGCCCCUGGGGUCACAGGUCAGAGAUGCUCAAUAAAGACAAUAAAGGGUCGGGACACCCCGUG